AUGGCGGCUGAUAACAGUUCAGAACAACGCAGCUCAGGCGAUGUUGAAGCUGCGCGCAAGGAAGCGACCUCGACACACGAGAAGCAUGUUCCCGACAAUACAGAUAUUCUCAGAGAGUCAUGGUCCAAGAAGGCCUUGAUUAUUGCUUUUACUGGUCUAUUUGCCACGGCAUUCAUCACCUCGUUCCUCAAAUAUGCCACCAAAGUUUACGAUGCGUACGCGACAUCAGCCUUCCAGAGACACUCAGCUCUCGCUACUGCGAAUGUAGUCUUUGGUCGCGCUGAGGGCCUUACCUUCUCGAUCCUCUUCCUUGUUAUCUCACAAAUCAUGUACGCAGCAUGCCAGAAUAUUGCGACCUACAUCGCUGGAGGCAUCUUCGAGUCAAUCGGCGACACCGGCUACGUAAUAAUGCAACAAGUCUUCAUCGCAGACACAACAAGCCUCAUUAACCGCGGUCUCUGGACUUCCCUCCCCGAAUCGAUCGCCUCGAUCCCAACACUUUAUCUCGGUUCGAUCGUCGCAGAUAGUGUUCUCAAGCACUCAACUUGGCGAUGGGGGUACGGAAUGUGGGCUGCCAUUCUUCCUUUCUGCGCUGCUCCUCUGAUCAUUACACUUUAUAUCCUACAAAGGAAGGCUCGAAAGGCUGGAUAUAGAAGAAAGGGCGCUUGGGAUGCUGCAGAUAAGACUACGUCCUUGAGGAAGCGUGUGGUUAACCUUGUCUGGGUGGACCUCGACAUCGCCGGUGCCAUAUUGCUCGUCGUUGGUCUUGGUUUGACUCUUAUUCCACUAUCACUUACUGGCGCUAAGAACAGCGACCGUUGGGAUCAAGGGGGCUACAUAGCCAUGCUCAUCAUCGGAGUCGUGGUGAUUGCUGGCUUCUUUGUUUGGGAUACAAAGUUUGCAAAGGUCCCCUUUGUUCCAUUCCGAAUGAUCAAAGAGCGAACGGUUGUGGCAGCCUGUGUCUUGUCUAUGCUUGACUUCUUUCACUACUCUUGCUUCACACUCUUCUUCCCUAGUUAUCUUCAGGUUGCUGGAGGCUUCAGCCCCGGUCACGCUACGCGCAUUGACAAUGCUCUCCGUGUGGCAUUCCAGAUUGCCUCCGUCCUCGUAGGUGUACUCAUGAAGUAUACUAAGCGCAGUCAAAUCUUCGUCUUCAUCGGUGUUCCUUUCUGCGUUCUUGGACAAGGCCUGAUGAUUUAUCUGGUAGACAUGAACGGGGACCACGCCAACGAAGCUUCUUUUAUCACCGCAAAGGCGCUUGUAGGAGUUGGUCGGGCGUUCUACCAAACAGCUGCCCAAGUCUCCAUCCAGGCUCUUGUUGCCAAGGAGGAUGUCCCUGUUGUCACGGGCGUUUACUACGCAGCAAUGAACUUUGGUGCUGCUGUCGGUACCAGUGUCGGCGGCGCAAUUUGGAACAACAUGCUCCCCAAGAAACUCACAACCUACCUUCCCGAAAGCGCCAAAGCCAAUGCCUUCAAGAUCUACAAGUCUAUCGUUGUCGCUCAGAAAUUCGCAAAAGGCACACCUGUUCGGGCGGCCAUUGACCAGUCGUACCGCGAGACGCAAAGGCUUCUUGCCAUCGCUGCGACAUGUGCGCUUGCGCCUAUGCUUGUCGUCAUGUUUGCCCUCAAAACAGUCGACUUGGCCAAGGUUGAUGAAGCAAAGAUUGAUGAGAAUAAGGCUGGUGGCAAGGUUGAGCCAGUCGUGGUGCGAGAGACUGUUCAAGAUGCUAAAACCGAGAAUCAUUAG